AUGAAAAAUAAUAAAUUAAAUAAUGUUAAGAUUGGUAAAAGGAUAGUGGUUGGCACAUACGCUUUUCCUCUUAAUCCAUCGGAGAAGAAACGUUAUGGUUCUAUGACACAUAGGUGGGUCUGCCUCUUGAGGUCUAUUGACGAUGAAAAUAUGUCACAUUACAUUAAACGUGUUCAAUUUGAACUCGACCCUUCCUUUCUCAACCCAAAACGAGGUAUUAUCCCAAAUCCAACAUUAAUUUUAUUAGUUGUCACUUCUAUGCCUUAUGAAGUCACUGAAGUCGGUUGGGGAGAGUUUUUCAUCGGCGUUAAGAUCACCUUUGUCGACGACUCUCUUGAACCGGUGCAACUGCAACACCUGCUGCGGUUAAACCCUACUGAUGGCACCAAUAUCAUUACCACUGCCGUCAAUGAGACGUUUGACGAGAUUAUUUUCAACGAGCCUAAGGAAUGGUUCUACGAGCGCCUCAUGAAGAGCGCCUGCGACAAACUUCCACCCAGUAAAUACCGCGACUACUUUUGGAACUAUGAGCAGAAGGAGAAGGAGACUCUGUGCAGGUACAUUUGCAGUCAGUCCUACUUCCAGAACGAGACCUACAGGCUCCUCGCUGAGGCGUCUGAGCUCUGCAAACAGAUUCAACGACUGCAGGAGCAGUACCACUUUGGACUAAACAAGCCUGCGGACAUCGACUUAAAGGACAAGACGACGUCAAAGACCACUCCUAUUCUCUCUCACAAUUCAUCCAAGUACACUUCAACUGACGGUUCCUUGUCGGAUAUGCCUGUUAAGAAACUGAACUUAGGGCAGAUUGGCCAGUACCCUGACUCGAAGGGCGACACUCAGGAAUCCUCAAAUCAAAGUUACGUUGGCAUGAGUGUUAAUGAUCGCGAUUCACUAUACUCCGAUCGCUCUCACAAAUCAAAUAGCUCGAACUUGUCAUUGAUAUUGCUAUCGAUCUAUUUGAAAAUCGUCUUUUUAUUUCAAAGCAAAUUAUGUAACAUAUCGCAUCAACGGAAACCAUUACUCAUUAAAUGA